CUCCAAUUCAAUUCAAUGUCGAACCAGGGAUAUCGAUCUCAAUCUGCGACGAGCACUCCGCACCACAAGCGUCAAUCCAGGUCGAUUUGCCUCCCGGCCUGCUUCACCAGCAUGAGCACUCACCCCUUCGACAUUCUCCAGAGGGAGGGCGACUACUGCAACAACUGCAGCAGGUCUCGGUCGCCGUUGCCGGAGAUCAAAGACCGGUGCUUGAACCUCAUCUCCAGGAUCGGCGGCGGCGCAAGGCCUGGAAGAGGGCGGCGCUGCCACGGCUCCGCCGACUUCAGCUACGAUCCCUCCAGCUACGCCCUUAACUUCGAAGACGACACCAGCCGCGCCGACGAUCAGCUCCUCUUCCACGGCUUCUCCGCUCGGCUCUCGGCCUCGUCCAUCCCUACGACGUCGCACGAGAAAAAGACCAGCCCCAACCAGCUCGACGAAAUUCUGGAGAACGAGGAGUGCUUUGUCGCGACGGCGGAGAACAAGGGGACGACGAGCCAAGCAAACGGCGUCGCUUCAAGGAGGCGGGGGAGGACCCGGCACUCGUCGACUUCGGUCGACUUCAGCUACGACCCGUCGAGCUACGCGAUGAAUUUCGAGGACGAUGUGAACCGAGACGACGAGCUUAUCUCUCUCAGGAAGUUCGGCGGACUGCUGGCCCAGCCAUCGCCGUCGAAGAUGACGGCAGCGGCGGGGGCUACGCCGCCUGCCAAGUGUUCGAAUUUGCGUCCAGAGAUUGCUGCGUUUAGCUGAAGCUCAAAUGCGGUUGCUUUCUAUUUAUAUGCUCGUAUGAUCAGGCCAGUGUUUCAUUUCGUCAUGUGCUUGGGCUCUGCAAACGGGAUUGUGAAAAUAUUUAGACUUUUGAGCUUCCAAAAAGGGAAGGAGACGAAAGAAAUAGGGAAAGGCGCUGCCGGGGCAGAUGCUUAUUGGUUCGGCCCAUGGAAACAAAUGUUGACCCACAUUGACCAAGGCAAGCACAAGCAAGCCAAUGAAGGAAAUAUAUUAUAAAGCCCAUUUCUCUUUAAUUUUAUAAUCUGGGCUGAUGAGGCCAUGAACUCGUCUUGUAAACUUUUAUAUUAUAUUUAUAUUAUCCUUUAGUUAA